CGCAUCAAAAUGGAGUUGCAGCUCCCGCUCGAUUUCAUCUACGCCCCGCGUGUAAAGAUCAGGGUAUACGACACUCGGCUUGGAGGGUUCAACGUGCCCCUUGUGGGGACGGGUCGGAUUGAGCUCGGGAAGAAGCUGCCGUGGAGCCCGGAGUACGAGGCGCCCCUGGCCAAGACAUUCGCAAAGGACGACCUGCUGCGGGCCAUCACGGCGAACGGAAACGAUUCCACCUCCGGCGGCAACGACAACAACGACCCGUCGGCACGCGGCAGCGACGCCGGCGGCGGCCUCGGCGGCCUCGGCGGCGGCUCCGCCUCCCACCGUCGCGGCGGCCUGCAAUGGGGCAGCUCCGGCGACUAUGGGAGCGACGCCGAGAUGUCCGACUUCGAGGGAGAGGCCUCCGUCUUUGGGGCCGGCGGCGGCGCGAAGUCCGAGUUCGGCGGCGGAAGGUCAGGGUUCGGCGCCUCCCUUACCGGGGGAAGCACCUCUACAAACCAGGCCGGUAGCGGUGGGCGCACCAGCACGAGGGCCUUCGGCGGCCCGGCGAGCGGCGGAGGCCACCGGCAGGCCCGUAGCAGCCGGUCGCGGUCACGCAGCGACUUCGGCGGGGGCGGCGGCGGCGCCCUGGGCGUGAUGCGGCAGUCGAGCUGGAACAAGAGCGGCACCAUAGACAACUCGCCGCAGCUCAACGCCAGCGGGAAGGUGAUCGACACCGGCAUCGGCGUCAUGCCCGCUCUCGAGCUCGCGCGACAGGAGGCCGGCCUCGGCGUUGGGUCCAUCCCGGGCAGCCAGCUCUUGACGCCGGUGGGCGGCGGGGCUGGCGGGGCGCUGGGGGACACUGGGGGCUUCGGCGGCGGGGGGGGGGGCAGCGUGGGAGGAGAGGAGGAGCUGAUGGCGACGCCGUUCGAAUCGUACGAUCUCUUCCGGGGGAAGCUGCUUGGCGGCGGAAUCGGCGGCAGCACCCUCAAGAAGGUGGGCAAGCUGAAGUGCAUCGUGAGGGUUACCGAGGGAGACCCCGACGACGAGCCGCUGUUCGUGAACAAGAAGAGCUUCCCGACCCUUGCCAAGGCCAAGGCCAAGAACGACAUCAUCCUCGCGGAGCUCCUCAAGCCGAAGGGGUACAAGGUGAGGCUGUACGUCCUGCAAGCCCUGAACCUGACCGCGAUGGACGUCGGCAUCGGCGGCAGGCCUGGCAAGUCUGACCCUUACCUCAAGGUCAAGCUGGGCAAGGAGGUGUCAACGUAA